GGAAAACUUCCUCAAUGUGUUUGAUGUGAGAAGUAAAAUCCGAACUAUAAAUCAAUAUGUCAUAAAAAAAAGGGCAAAUUACUGGUCACUCCCUCAACUUUUGGGGAGUCGACAGUUCAGUCCCUCGUAGCAUAAUUUGAACAAGUAGCUCCUCGAACAUUCAAUUCUCGCACAAUUUGGUCCUUCCGUUAACUGGCUGUCUGAAGUGGCUGUUAUGUGGGUGACGUGGCAACUUGGCUAUGCCAUGUGGCGCCACCUCGGAUUGUUAAAUCUCAUGAAUACCCGUGGCUCAUUACGGUAGUCUUCGAUCCUAAUCUCCCAAAAAACCCUAAACUUCGAUAUCUUCUAUGCUCAAGCGCUAGCCUUCGUAAUCCCACACAACCCAUGAGGCUGAUGCCAUUCAAAAUCACAGCCUUUGAAAAUUGUAAAACCCCAAACCUUCAUCUGAUAUCAAAGAGUUUUGUGUCCACAAUCGGGAUUUGAAUCUGAGACCAACAGCUAGAGGUCGCGACAUGGUGGUUAACGACGUUGAUUUGUGGGUUCCAAGAGUUUCAGAAGGGGAAAAAGAUGAAAUCCCUGAUUAUGGUCACCCCGACUAUUUCACAGUCAAGGUGUAUCAUGGAGGGUGCAUAAGGGACAGUAAAUACGUCGGAGGGAAGGUGGAUUUCUACGACAACGUCGACAAAGAUAGAAUGUCGCUUGUUGAGGUAGAUAACAUGGUGAGGCAGCUCAAUCCAGCUUAUAGUAAUCAAAGGAUUGAUUACUGGUAUAAAGUUGGUGAUGAAGAUGAUGAGCUGAUAAAGCUGGAAACAGAUAUAGAUGUUAUGAUCAUGUGUAGUGCUGUACCACAGUGGAGGUUGAUCAUAUUGUACUUGGACCACAUGGAGUUGCACAGUGUGUUUGGAGAGGAAGAUGAUGACAUCUUCAUGUACGAGGACUUCUUGUUUAAUGAAGGUCGGAGUAGUAGUGUGAUUAUAGAAGAGUUACCUGAUGAUGAGCUUAGAAGGAAGCCAACUUGUGUUAUUGAAGAGCUGCAUGAUUCACCUAGACCUGGUACAAGCAAGGGAAUCGUGAUUAGGGAGGUUGAUGAGACUAUAUCUACUCAAGCAAGCAUUGUUGGUGGCCUUGGUCCAAAAGAGAAGGGAAAGCAGAAGUUGGUAGAACAUGAUCCAAGCCAAAAACAGAUGUUGGUGGUGUAUGAUACAAGCAAAAAUCAGCAGUCAAGUGGGAUAAACUUUACGAGUGGAGGAGUAGGAUCUUCUAAACAACAAUCAAGUGGGAUAGGGCAGCAGUCAAGUGUCCAAGAAAAUGAAGGAAGUGGUCUUCACGAUGUAGAGAUAGAUUAUUUAGAUGAACUUCAAUCAUUUGGUGGUCUAGAAUAUGAAAGUGAGGAAUGUAGUGAGCAUGAAGAAAGUAGUGAGGAGGAUGAGGGCAGUGAUUAUGACCCUUGUGCACAUGAUGAGGAGUACGACCACUAUGGGGUGGAUGAUGAUGAUGAAUGGUUGAAUGAAGAAGAUGUUGAAGGGACUGCAACAAGACCAGAAUCUGUUCUGGGCAGGUCAACUGUGGAUGAAAGUUUAAAACAGUGGGUUGAUGAAGAGGACAUGUUUGGUGUUGAUGAUUCAGAUGAUGAGAAGUUGGUUUAUACUAUAAAUUCUGAUGGGGAACGUGAAGAGCUGGGACUCGAAUUCAACCCAAAAACAGAUAUGAAGAAUCCCGCUUUCAAACUUAAAAUGAAGUUUGCAACAGCGCAGAUUCUUAGGGAUGCCUUGAGGGAGUAUGCCAUUCAAGGAGGUUGGGAAUAUGUGUUCAUUAAGAAUGACAAAACAAGGAUACGGGUGGUUUGUAAGGAGGACAACUGUCCAUUUGAGCUUUUUGCUAGCAAACUGCAGUAUGAGAGCACAUUGAUGGUCAAAAGCUAUGAUCCAGUUCACAAAUGCACAAGGAAAUUCAACAACAACAUGGUUAGGCAAACGUACCUAACUUCAAAGUUUAAAGAUCAGAUUGCUCUUAAUGAGAGCUGGAAACCAGAAUCUCUAGCUAAGACAAUGUCAGCUAGCAUUAGAGCAAGGGUUUCCAGGUCAAUGGCUUAUAGGGCCAAGAGGGCUGCACUUUUGGAAGUAGAAGGAUCCAUAAAAGAGCAAUAUGCAAGAUUGAGAGAUUAUGGAAGAGAGCUUCAGAGGGCUGAUCCAGCCACUACAAUUGAUAUUAAGUGUGCUUUCCCCAAUACAAGCAACCUUCCAGUAUUUAAAAGAAUGUAUAUUUGUUUGGGGGCUCUUAAGAAUGGCUUUAAGGCUGGUUGCAGAACUAUUAUUGGCUUAGAUGGUGCACAUCUGAAGAGUUGCUUUGGGGGUCAAUUGUUGACGGCUGUUGGUAUUGAUGCCAAUAACACAUCAUGGGUGAUAGCAUAUGCUAUGGUUGAGGCAGAAAGCAAGGAUUCAUGGAUGUGGUUUCUAGAGUUAAUGGUUUCUGAUCUGAACAUUGAGCAUGAAGGAAGAGGAUGGACCUUCAUUAGUGAUAAGCAAAAAGGCCUCAUACCAGCAUUUAAAGAGGUUGUUCCAAGAGCUCAUAUCAGAUUUUGUGUCCGGCACAUGUGGACAAACUUUACGAAGUUAUUUCCCGGAAAGGUAAUGAAAGAUCAGAUGUGGGCUUGCGCAAAAUCAACUACUUUGCCUUACUUUCAGAAGGAGAUGGAGGAUAUGAAGGCCCUUGACUUUGAUGCAUAUAAGUGGCUUACAGCAAAAGAUAGGCCUGCAAUACAUUGGUGCAGAGCAUAUUUCAACACAGAUGGGGAUUGUGACAUCAUGAUAAACAACCUGUGUGAGAGUUUUAAUAGUUGGAUAUUGGAGGCAAGGGGUAAACCACCAGUGACCAUGUUUGAAGAGUUGAGGGUCAAAUUGAUGAAGAGAGUUGCAAUGAGGAAGGAAAAAAUGGAGGCUUAUCAUGGCAAUAUCUGUCCAAAGCCAAGGGUGGUUAUAGAGAAGAAUAAGCUGAGGGCUGGAACAGAUUGCAUACCAACAUUUAAUGGAGGUGACAUUGCUGAGGUAGAGAACAUUGACGGAUCCAAAAAUGUGGUUAACUUAAGAAUGAGGACAUGCACUUGCAGGCGGUGGGACUUGUCUGGAAUUCCAUGCAAGCAUGCUAUCUCUGCCAUUUACUUAAAGAGGCAUGAUCCAGAUGAUUAUGUGGCAGCAUGCUAUUUGAAGAAGACCUACAUGAGUAUCUAUAACAACCUCAUCCAACCUGUAAAUAGCAUGGAUUUGUGGUCAAGAACUAAAGAUCCUGCUAUUUUGCCUCCACAAUAUUCAAGGCAGCCCGGAAGGCCCAAAAUAGCAAGAAUGAAGGAUGCUUCAGAAAGGGUUCAGGAAGGUGGUGUUAAACUUGCAAGAGUGCAAAGAUCCCUAAGGUGUAGCAAUUGUAAGCAAGUAGGUCACAACUUGAAAACAUGUCAAAGACAUUUACCACCAAAGGAAAAGGCUGCUGUUGUUAAUAAGAAGAGGAAGCUUAAUACACAAGAAGAACAAACAUCUAAAAAUCAGUCCAAGCAAGGAAAAAAAUCACCCAUGACCAAAAACGAGUUAAGGCAGAAAGCCAAAAAAAGAGCUGAAUAUCAAAGGAAAAAGAAGGCUGCCUUAAAGGCAUCAAAGUUGGAAGCAAACAAGUCUACUCCAAAGAGAUCAAGGCCUGUACAAGCUGCAUCUACCCAGCAAAGUUCAAGGCCUGUACAAGCUGGAUCUGCCCCAACAAGUACAAGGUCUGUACAAGGUUCCAAUCCAUCAACCAAGCAGGCUGCAACACCAUCAAGGUCCUCUCAAAGGGUUAGACAAAACUCAGGGAAAUAGGAUCUCAAUUUUGGAGGCAUUAAUUUUGAUUUUCUUUUAGUGAAUAACAUGAAGUACAGGGACUGCUUGUUUUUGGUAAGUUAGAGCUUUGUUCAAUGGCUGGCUAAUAUUGACGAUACAAUGUAUUUUUUGGUUUAGGGGUUGAUUAUGAAUGUAGGUGAAUGUUUGUUUUUCUUCCAUUUAUUAUGCUUCAAAUUUAUGGAUGCUUCAAUUUCCAGAAAUAUUACUGAAUCUGUGAACAUGACAGGGAAAUAGGAUCUCAAUUUUGGAGGCAUUAAUUUUGAUUUUCUUUUAGUGAAUAACAUGAAGUACAGGGACUGCCCUCUUGAUUUUUCCAUUGACAUGGCAUGCAUCAGCUGAGUUGGCAUGGAAAAAUGUGCCAGCUCAGCAAGUUAACGGAGCUUUUUAACAGCCAGUUAACGGAAGGACCAAAUUGUGCGAGAAUUGAAUGUUCGAGGAGCUACUUGUUCAAAUUAUGCUACGAGGGACUGAACUGUCGACUCCCCAAAAGUUGAGGGAGUGACCAGUAAUUU